AGGGAACAACUUCCUACUAAGGUAAUCUAUUGAUUUUAAUCCAUUUUUGGUGACCUAAGGGCUGUUGUGAUAAGUGUCUUAUUUAUUACUCCAUCCGUCUCAAAACUAUAGUCUGGAUUGUGUUUGGCACGAGAUUUAAGGAAUAUUGAUAUUAUAUUUAUAGUGGGUAAAAAAUAUGGGUAAAAGACUUUUUUGAUCUUGUGAGUGUAUUAGUAUAAAAAGUAGUGGCAAUUGUGUAAUAAUAAUGAAAAAGUAAGGGUAAUUUUAUAGUGAUAUGGUUAUUUAUGAAAAUGAGACUAUUGUUUUGGGACGGACAAAAAUGGUAAAUAGGACUAUUGUAUUGGGACGGAGGGAGUAUUUUUUUUAUGUGUUUAUUAAUUAAAGCCUAUAUAAUUAUGCCUGCAGUGACUACAAAAGAGUCUGGCGACAGAGUUGCAGAUUGUUUGUUCGCCUAAUUGAUGGGUACAAAUGAUGCAUUUGUGGAUCUUACAAUAACCAUAAUGUUCCCUGGACUGUAUGCAUUGGCGGUGGGAUACGUGUCUUGUUGCUUGGAGAGGGCAAUACAACGACCGAUUUGGAUAUCUAACACUUAUCCUGGAGGCUGCUGCUUCUCAAGACCUAUGGAUCUGGCAUGCAUUUUUCGGUAUGCCCGGUACAAACUACGACGUCACAGUGUUGGAUCAUUCUCCAUUGUUCAAUAAAUACAUGGAUGGGACGGCACCUCCAGUCGAAUACGAGGUGAAUAGAACACGCUAUAACCUCUCAUACUACUUGACAGAUGGUAUAUAUCCUAGGCACGCCGUAUUCACGCAGGCGGUGAGAUCUCCUGUGACUGCCAAGGAGAGAGCUUUCACAACGUUGCAAGAAGCAUGUCGUAAGGACAUUUCAUGGGCUUUCAGUGUUUUGCAACAGAAAUGGCGUAUUUUGCAGAUGCCGACUAGGCUAAGGCAAACAUCCGACUUGCUUUGCGCAAUAACUACGUGUAUUAUAUUGCACAACAUGGUUGUCGAAGAUGAACGUGGCCAAGAUUUACCGGAAUGGACACCUCCAACGGAAGAAGAUCAAAGCAUGCCAAUGGGUUAUGCAACCGUCGAUGAAGUCCGUCUUUUGUACCGCAACAUGGAAGUAAAUGAUCGAUUGCGGGAAGAUCUUAUGAAUCACCAAUAGAUGUUUUACGGUGGCGAACAUGUAUAAG